GUUGUUUCGCACCGUUCAUGUGGCUGUUGAAUGAAAUCAAGAAUGGCCAGGAAACAGGACAACAACGACUAUUGUAUCCCGGAAAGACAUAUACAGUUGGUCGACGGGAUUCGACCAUAACCAUUGAAGACGACAAAUCUGUCAGCAGGAAACAUGCUACUGUAGUUGUGGAAAGCACCGACUACGAAACUGGACUACAGAACGUGCUCAACCCUAGCAAACGCUGCUCAGUUACGGUCAGGGAUGAAGGAGCCAAGUAUGGUACCUUUGUCAAUACUUCCAAAGUGUCCCCUCAUCAACCCCAUGAGCUGCGGGAUAAUGAUGUGAUCAAGUUUGGUACCUUGACUUCGCUAUGGCGCUUAACUUGGUUUCCAGUAGUGAUUUGUUGCUCAGGAUUGAGAAGCGCGGAGAAAGAGCAAAUAUAUCGCGCAGCACUUGAAUUAGACAUCAAGAUAUCGAAGGCUUGGGUUUCUGACAUUUGUACUCAUUUGUAUAUGAAGGAAACUCGACCGACGGAAAAGGCACUUUUGGCCAUUGCUGAUCUAUGUCCGAUUAUUUCACUUUCUUGGAUUGAGCGUAUGCGAGAAAAUAAGGAUUCUACCAAUUUUCACUUCCCACCCGUUGAAGAGCAUCAGCCACCUUUGAAUGCUGUUUGUGAUAACGUUCCUGAAAGACCUAACUUUCUACCAAUGCCACGAAGGAAAACAGUGUUUACAGAUACCACAUUUUACGUUUUUUCGGAGGAGCAGUAUUAUCGCAUACAUCCUUUGGUUUCGAAAUGUGGUGGAGAUAUUGUACAUUGUGAAUUCAAUAUCUCACCUUGGGACUCACAAGAAUCUAUUCAGCAACUAAUUGCCAAGGAUAUGGGUUCAAAUAUAAUAUACCCCCAGAGUGAUCCUAACGAAAGUUAUGAUGCAUACCACACGAGAUGGAAAAUAUUAUUUGCAGCGUGUCAUAGGUUAGGGGAGCGUCUCAUUGCUGAGGUGGAAGUAGGAUGGGCAGUUGUUUUCGGAACAACAGACGUGUACUGUAAUAAGUAUGCGCCCGAACCAAUUGAAAUAACUUCGCAGCCUAAUGAAGAAUCUCGAUCAAAAGUAACUUCUACAAUAGCGAAAGGUCAAGAAAGCAUCAGCAGCAAUGCCGCUAGAUUACAAUCGUCAUUUGCAAGCGAUAUUUCAACGCCUGUUGUAAGGUCUCGACCGCCUGCCCCUCCAUCAUGGGUAUUAGGGGAUAUAGAAGGCGAUGUUGAACCCGACACUCCAGAACGACAUGCAAUCCUGAGCAAGCGCAGGCAUAUAGACGUAACUGAAGCCACCGAAAGUAAUAGCACAGCAACUGUAGCAGCGAAUGGAGCGAAAACUAAACACGGUACCUCAAACCGCAAUUUGAAUGCCUUUUUGGAUGCCAUGUUCGAUGAUUUGGAUGAAGUAGAGGAAAUUCCACCAGCGAACCUGUCGCCCGUACAAAGUGAGCCCCUACAAAUAGACGAGGCACCAGCGAUGAAUGCCGAUAUGCCAAAAUCUUCGGCGAGUCGCAAUGUUCACAUUGAUGAGCAUAACCAACAAAUAGAAGACCAGAGUGUGCAUAUUCGGCAGAAAGUAGCAAGUUUAGCUGACGUCAACAGACAACCAUGGGAGGCUUCGUCAGAUGAAGGAGAAAGAGGGAUAGAAGCACAAGUGGCUCCAGAAGUAACCCGUGCUAUUUCAGGCGAAGAAUUGAUCGUGCAAGAGGAUGAAAAUAUGGAACCAAAUGAAACCGAGGAUACCAUAGUAGCUUUGAUCAAAGAAAAACAGCAAAGCUUCAGGGCUGCGGCUCGUCGAUCACGAGAGGUAGCAGCUGAAGCAGACGAAGCAUUCGUUCCCAGUGCAACUGAACAAUAUUCUACGAUAGUUGUCCAGAGUUUAGUGAAAGCACCUCCUACCGCUUCUUCGACACGAACAGUGCAGGCAGAUGAUAGUGUUGUGAAUUAUAAACGGUUCCGUAAGACUGCAAGGCCACAACAUAAUGAGAUGUCAUAUAUUCGUAUGCUUCCUCAUGAUGAGAUGCAGUUGGCUAUGCAAGAGGUUUAUUGGCUACAACGUGAUCAACCGCAGAGGCGCCAGAUCACUAGACCUGGCAGUCAAGGCGGCGAAAAGCUAACAUUUGAUUAAACUGCUGUUCAGCGAACACAUGUAAUGAUAUCUUUCUUUUUUUUUAUUCUUUGUACAUAAUAAUUUUCUGUGACAAUACAUAAUAUAGUGCUCACUAAAGAAUGAAUAGGACAA